AUGCCGCAAUUCCAGCAAUUCAGACAUACAGCUGAACAUGCAGCAACCGAACAUGCAGCAGCCGAACAUGCAGCAGCCAUUUACGCAGGAGCCAUUUACGCAGCAGACGACCUUGCAGCAGCCAUUUAUGUAGUAGCCGAACAUACAGCAGUACCCAUUCCAGCAGCCGCAACCGUUCCAGCAGCAGCCAAUGCAGUAUACGAAUAUGCACCAUCCGAAUAUGUCGCAGCCAGCCAAUGA